CUUGCAGAACUGGGAUAUUCAGCAAAGAAGAGGAGAGCCCCAACAGUUCGUGUAGCGAACAUUUUAUCUGAUGAAACCUGUUUUGUAAAGUAGAAAUCUGGGUUUUCUAUGGUUGGAUGUACUUAUGCUCAUAGGGCAUGUGUGCAGCGUUGGUGCAAUGAAAAAGGAGACAUAAUGUGUGAGAUUUGCCUUGAGCCAUACAAGCCAGAUUAUACUGCACCUCCUCGACCUAACCCAUAUGAGACUACAAUUGAUAUUAGUGGAGGUUGGACCAUCACUGGUACUCCAUUGGACUUGUGUGUUCCUCGGACACUUGCUAUGGCAGCAGAGCAGCGCCAUUUUCUUGAAGCUGAGUACCAGAGUAUGCUGCUACAAACACCACUGGUACUGCAUUUUGCUGCUCAGCUACUCUAAUUGAUGAAAUUGUUCAAGUCAAACAAGCGAACCCUUCACUUUCAGAUAUUGAGAUAGUUGAGAAAAUCUGGGGGAAGCAAUCUCA